GUUUUAUGUUUUUAUACAAAUGUCAAAAAAAAAAAACAUUUCAAUUCCUUCAACCCAGCUUCACUCAAAACAGACAAAUAUGUUGAGAACAGAUAUUUACAAACCUGAAACGUUCUUAUACUUUUCUUACGGCAGCAAUAUGUUUUCGUUUAGAAUACACAUGAAUAAUCCAUCAGCGGAAUUUGUAUCAAUAGCAAGACUUGAUGUUAGAUUUUAUAAAGUAUUCCAAAUUCUGGGGAGGACCUACGGCUACCAUCGUGCCGACUGCGAACGCCCAAGUGUGGGGCGUUAUAUGGCGCUUGGACGUAGACAAAUUGUCGAUUUUGGAUGAGCAAGAGGGCGUAGAACGUAAAAUUUACUACCCAACUCACGUUCAAGUACUCACACCUUACAUGGGGUCUUUUACUUGUCGUGUUUACAUCCACAAGGUCAAUCCGUUGCCUAGAGGAGACAAUGACGUCAUACCUGUCGAGCGCUGGCCUUCUUGGACUUACAAAGAAGUUAUCAUUAUAGGUGCAAUGGAGCACGAGCUGCCAGAAUACUAUAUACAGAGUUUAGAAAAAAUUAAAGACAACGGGGAAAGGGGAUGCCUCAAGAUGUAUAGUCUACUGAUACGAUAUGCUAAUGACGCUCCUUGCGUCUGUCCUCUCCCGCGCCGGAUACCGAAACCACCAGUAUUAGACUUGCGAGCAUUGAGGGAGCGGAACAGAGAGGGGGUUGAAGAUUAAGCCAUGUCAAAAAAAAUAUUGACGAAGGCAAGGAAAUAAUAUUCGGGGUUUAAAGUGGUUUCACAUAUCUUAAUGUUUUUAUUCUCAAGAAAAUUUAUGUACAAAAUAAUAAAAGACAUUAAAUUAAAAAAUCAAUUUUA